UCGGUGUCUCGAGGGAUAUGCCGCUGGCAAACAGACGGCGGUGAUGCGAAGGGAACGGCGGCUCGUCUGCUCGACCAGUCGGUGCUGUGAGUCUGGCUGUGGGCUGAUAUGAGUGGGCGGAGGGGCGCGGGAUCCGCUCGGGCUGCGCCGAUCGCAAGCGCAGUGAUUGGCGGGGGCGGGGAGCCUCACGCUUGCAGGAGACGAAGUCGUUGCGCGGGCGGUGGUGCUGGGGAUGAGGAUGAGGAUGAGGAUGCGGAUGCAGACGGCAAGAGCGCAGGAGACGGCCGGCGCAAUAAGAGGCGGGCGGGAAUCAGGCGCAAGACGCUGCGAGGCUGGAGGGUGCUUCCCAGUUUGGCGGCGGUGGAGGUUUAGUCGCGUGCAUACGUCAUAGGGGAGCGACGACACCUUGACGAAGAAGCCGACAGAUGGAACAGAGCAGGAGGGA